AUGCCCGGCCAAUGGGACAGCAUUGGAGACCCUCGGUCGGAGGCGUCCAAGAGAAAGGACAUUGUUCCGCGCGGCGACUACAGGUCUUCACCUCCCGGAAAGCUUACCUUCUUUGUGCUCCGCAGCCUCGAACCUGUUCUCUACGGGCUGCCUGCGCAAACGGGUAUAGGGCUGAUCGAUGGCUUAGGCCUGUCGCCCUACCGGCUGGCCUUGCUCGCCAUGUCAGUUGGCUCGGUGGUCAAGCAGAACAUCUGGGUCACAACACUAUCUAGGGACCCGAUGACAGUAGGUGCGGCGGUUGCGAUAGCGAUGCUCAAUGCGGCGUCGAAUAGUCUGAGCACAUAUGCCUUUGUCACUUCUGUUUCGUCGGCCUCGAAUGAAGGGGACUUUCCACAGCCGGCGCUACUUAUUGGGAGCACGCUUUACGUAGCUGGUCUCUUGACGGAGCUUGUUGCGGAGAUUCAGCGCGCACGGUUUAAAGCUGAUCCAAACAACAAGGGUAAGGUGUGUACGGGGGGCCUGUGGAGUUUGGCGCGGCACAUCAACUACGGAGGAUACAUGAUGUGGAGAGCGGGAUAUGCAAUGGCCGGAGGAGGAUACGGGCUGGGUGCCUUGGUCGCAGCCUUUUGGGCCUGGGAUUUCAGCCAGCGGGCUAUUCCCGUUUUGAGCGAGUAUUGCGAGAAGCGGUACGGUGCGCAGUGGGAGUCAUAUAGGCAGAAGACGCCGUACAAGCUGAAUCCCUACGUCUAUUAG